AUGGUCACAACUAUUCCUUCAUCACUAACACUUUUUGUGGCAUUCCUCUUUGCCACAAGCUUCCUUUGCUCCUUUCCCGAAUUUGUUCUCUCUACUACUAGUUCAAAGAAUGGAAGCAUUACAAGGCACUACAAGUUUGAUAUAAGGUUGAGAAAUGUUACGAGGCUGUGCCAUACGAAGAUCAUGGUUACCGUGAACGGAAAGUUCCCUGGGCCUCGAGUCGUUGCAAGAGAAGGUGACAGAAUUGUGGUGAAGGUGGUCAAUCAUGUUCCCAACAAUGUCACCAUACACUGGCAUGGAGUGAGACAGCUUGGAAGUGGAUGGGCAGAUGGUCCAUCUUACAUAACUCAGUGCCCCAUUCAAACUGGCCAGAGUUAUGUGUACAACUUCACCAUUGUUGGACAAAGAGGAACCCUCUUCUGGCAUGCUCACAUUUCAUGGCUAAGAGCCACUCUCUACGGACCUCUAAUCCUCCUCCCUAGGCGCAACGAAUCUUACCCAUUUGAAAACCCCCACAAGGAAGUUCCCAUCCUCUUUGGUGAGUGGUGGAACGCAGAUCCAGAGGCUGUUAUUGCACAAGCCCUUCAGACAGGGUCUGGCCCAAAUGUCUCAGAUGCCUACACUUUUAAUGGAUUUCCUGGACCCCUCUAUAAUUGCUCCAAUAACGAGACAGAGACAGACACGUUCAGGUUAAAGGUUAAACCAGGGAAGACAUAUCUUCUUCGUUUGAUCAAUGCUGCACUCAAUGACGAGCUCUUUUUCAGCAUUGCAAACCACACCCUGGUAACUGUUGAAGCUGAUGCUACCUACGUUAAACCUUUUGAGUCCGACAUUAUAGUCCUUGGACCGGGACAAACCUCAAACGUUCUGUUAAAGACAAAACCUGAGUACCCAAAUGCCACCUUCUUCAUGCUAGCAAGGCCAUAUUUCACUGGCAUGGGCACUUUCGACAAUUCUACAGUUGCUGGAAUUCUCGAGUACAAGAAACCAUUUGCUUCCAAAAACAUUCCCACUAUUAAACCUUCCCUUCCAGCCAUCAACGACACUUCCUUCGUUGCUAACUUCUCAAGCAAAUUUCGCAGUUUGAACACUGCCAAGUACCCUGCCAAUGUACCUCAAAAAGUUGACAAGAGCUUUUUCUUCACGAUUGGACUUGGAACAAGUCCCUGCCCCAAAAACCAAACAUGCCAAGGACCAAACAACAGUUCAAAAUUUGCAGCCUCGAUGAACAACAUAUCUUUCACUCUUCCUUCUAUAGCACUUCUUCAGCAACAUUUCUUUGGACAGGCUAAUAACGGCAUUUACACCACUGAUUUCCCUGCUGUGCCACUGAUACCAUUCAACUACACGGGGACCCCACCAAACAACACAAGGGUCACCAAUGGAACCAAGACUGUGGUCAUACCCUUUAACACAAGAGUGCAAGUGGUUCUUCAGGACACUAGCAUUUUGGGAGCCGAGAGCCAUCCUUUGCACCUUCAUGGGUUUAAUUUCUAUGUUGUGGGUCAAGGUUUUGGGAACUUUAAUCCUAACACUGACCCUCCAAAAUUCAAUCUGGUUGACCCCGUUGAAAGGAACACCAUUGGUGUGCCCUCUGGUGGUUGGGUUGCAAUCCGAUUCCUUGCUGACAACCCAGGUGUUUGGCUUAUGCACUGUCACUUUGAUGUACACCUUAGUUGGGGGUUGAGGAUGGCUUGGAUUGUCGAGGAUGGGAAGCUCCUUAAUCAAAAGUUGCCUCCUCCACCAACUGAUCUCCCCAAGUGCUGA